GUGAAGUGUGACCAGUACUGGCCAUCACGUGGGACAGAGACCUACGGGAUGAUCCAGGUCACUAUGUUGGACACUGUGGAGUUGGCCACGUACAGCGUCCGGACAUUCGCUCUCUAUAAGAAUGGCUCCAGCGAGAAGCGGGAGGUGAGACAGUUCCAGUUCAUGGCCUGGCCGGACCAUGGAGUUCCUGAGUAUCCCACCCCCAUCCUGGCCUUUCUGAGGAGGGUAAAGGCCUGCAAUCCUCCAGACGCAGGGCCCAUGGUGGUCCACUGCAGUGCGGGUGUGGGCAGAACUGGCUGUUUCAUUGUGAUUGAUGCCAUGCUGGAGCGCAUGAAGCACGAGAAGACUGUAGACAUUUACGGCCACGUGACGUGCAUGCGCGCCCAGAGGAACUAUAUGGUCCAGACCGAGGAUCAGUACAUCUUCAUCCACGAGGCACUUCUGGAGGCUGCGACUUGUGGCAACACGGAGGUGCCAGCCCGCAACCUGUACGCCCACAUCCAGAAACUCACCCAGCCCCCGCCUGGCGAGACUGUCACCGCUAUGGAGCUGGAGUUCAAG